UUAUAAUUGAGUGCGAAUAUAUUCCCAGCCUUUUACUCGGUUGAUUUUAACUAGCAAUAUUCUCUGCGUUGUUUAAAUUGGGUUUUGCAGAUAAUUACGAAAGGUCGUUGCCUUCGGCGAAGAUAAAAUAUGGAAACGAACAGGAAAGAUGCUCUGAAUUCGCCGCUUUUACAACAUCGAGACGACGUCGUCGUUGCUAUCAACGAGAAGACGAGGACGCUAGUCUUCAAAGUUGUAGGCAUAACAUGUGCGUCUUGUGUGGCUUCGAUUGAGUCCGCACUUGGAGGAAUUGAAGGCGUGCAGAGCGUGAUGGUGUCCGUGCUUCAAGGUCGGGCUGUCGUGAAGUAUGUGCCGGAAAUUAUCUCUGCAAAAAGGAUAAAAGAAGCAGUGGAAGACACUGGUUUUGAAGUUGCAGAUUUUCCUGAGCAAGAUAAUGCAAUGUGCAGGGUUAAGAUUAAGGGAAUGGCAUGCACGAGCUGCUCGGAGUCAGUAGAGCGCGCUCUACGAAUGGUUAAUGGAAUUAAAAAAGCAGUUGUUGGCUUAGCUCUUGGUGAAGCUAAAAUCCAUUUUGACCCAAAUAUUACAGACACUAAUCAUAUCAUUCAAGCAAUCGAAGAAGAUGCUGGAUUUGGGGCUGAGCUCAUUAGCUCCGGCAAUGAUUUGAGUAAAUUAUACUUAAAAUUGGGAGGAAUCACUUCUUCAGACGAUUUUACCAUCAUUCAGAGGUCGCUUGAGUCCCUGGAAGGUGUAAAUCAUAUUGAAGUGGACCCGGGACAGCAGAUUGUGAUCAUUAGUUAUGAGCCAAAUGUUGUUGGUCCAAGAUCUCUGAUACAGUGCAUUCAGGAAGCUGGUGAUGGAUCCAAUACAUAUCAAGCAACUUUGUACACUCCACCAAGAGAGGGAGAAAUGGAAAGGCAGCAAGAAAUCUUGAUGUACCGGAAUCAAUUCUUAUGGAGUUGCCUAUUUUCAGUCCCUAUAUUUGUCUCCUCUAUGGUACUCCCUAUGCUUCCUCCUUCUGGAGAUUGGCUUGAGUACAAGGUUUUUAAUAUGCUUAACAUAGGCAUGCUGUUAAGAUGGAUCCUUUGUACACCUGUGCAGUUUGUCAUUGGCAAAAGGUUUUAUGCUGGAUCAUACAAUGCUCUCAAACGAAAAUCUGCAAAUAUGGAUGUUCUUGUUGCAUUGGGUACCAACGCUGCAUACUUUUACUCUAUUUAUGUAAUGGUAAAAGCAUUGUCUUCAGACUCAUUUGAGGGCCAGGAUUUCUUUGAAACUAGUUCCAUGUUGAUAUCUUUCAUUCUCUUGGGGAAAUACCUUGAGGUUUUGGCAAAGGGGAAGACGUCAGAUGCUUUAGCAAAGUUGAUAGAGCUAGCCCCUGAAACAGCUUGCCUUUUAACCCUUGAUUCUGCAGGAAAUCUCAUUUCGGAAACUGAAAUUGAUACAAAACUUAUAGAAAAGAAUGACAUACUAAAGAUUGUUCCUGGUGCAAAAAUUCCCGUUGAUGGACUUGUCAUUGAUGGUCAAUGUCAUGUGAAUGAAAGCAUGAUCACAGGCGAGGCUCUCCCAGUUUCUAAAGGACCUGGUGAUAAGGUAAUUGGAGGAACAGUUAAUGAAAAUGGGUAUAUACGUGUUAAGGCCACUCAUGUUGGUUCAGAAACAACACUUUCACAAAUCGUAGAGCUGGUUGAAGCUGCUCAACUGGCAAAGGCACCUGUUCAGAAAUUGGCUGAUCAGAUAGCUAAGGUUUUUGUUCCCAUUGUUGUCUUAGCUGCAUUUUUAACAUGGCUGGGAUGGUUUAUUCCUGGAGAAACUGGGUUAUACCCUAGAAGCUGGAUACCCACUUCUAUGGAUGCAUUUGAGUUUGCAUUAGAGUUUGCUAUUUCAGUGUUGGUGAUAGCCUGCCCUUGUGCCCUGGGAUUAGCAACUCCUACUGCAGUGAUGGUUGCCACUGGCAAAGGUGCUUCUCUUGGUGUCUUAAUUAAAGGGGGCAAUGCCCUUCAAAAUGCACACAAGAUCAAGACUAUUGUCUUCGACAAAACUGGGACGCUGACAGUUGGAAAACCAGCCGUAGUUAGUUUCCAACUCUUCUCUGUAAUUUCUCAGGAAGAAUUUUGUGGCAUGACUAUUGCUGCUGAGAUAAACAGUGAGCAUCCAAUAGCAAAAGCUGUGGUGGAACAUGCUAGGUUGUUACGUCAGAAGCAUGGAUUCGAGAAUGAUCAAUUAACUGAGGUGAAGGAUUUCAAGGUGCACCCGGGAGCUGGCGUGAGUGGGAAAAUUGGAGAAAAAGCAAUCCUAGUAGGAAACAGGAGGCUUAUGCAAAUGUUUAACGUACCAAUUGGUGUCGAAGUGGAUACUUAUGUUUCAGAAAAUGAGCAUCUUGCUCGGACUUGCGUUCUUGUUGCUGUUGAAGAAAUCAUUGCUGGAGGUUUUGCUGUAACUGACCCCGUUAAGCCUGAAGCUUCUCUCGUCAUAUCCUAUCUGCGGUCCAUGCAUAUAUCGAGUGUAAUGGUUACAGGUGAUAACUGGGCUACAGCGACUGCAAUAGGCAGUCAGGUAGGCAUCGACAAGGUGUUUGCAGAAACAGAUCCUCUUGGAAAAGCAGACAAGAUAAAGGAGUUGCAGCUGCAAGGUGCAAGUGUGGCAAUGGUGGGAGAUGGGAUCAACGACUCACCAGCAUUGGUAGCAGCUGAUGUUGGUAUGGCGAUUGGGGCGGGGACUGAUGUGGCCAUAGAAGCGGCUGACAUCGUUCUGAUGAAGAGCAAUUUGGAGGACGUGGUAACUGCUAUAGAUCUGUCGAGGAAGACAAUGUCGAGAAUCCGUCUCAACUACAUGUGGGCGCUGGGGUACAACAUUCUUGGUGUGCCGGUAGCAGCAGGGGUUCUGUACCCUCUAAUUGGCAUACGUCUCCCUCCAUGGCUUGCUAGUGCAUGCAUGGCAGCUUCUUCCGUGAGCGUUGUUUGUUCGUCGCUCUUGCUGCAGUACUACAAUAAACCUCUACAUGCUAAAUGAGAGACUAUAUAUCUCGGGGUAUUGAGGAAAUCUCAACGUUCCUGCUUCAAAAUGUAACUGGAGUUUAUAUAUUGGUAAAUGUAGCUUUGAAAUUGAUAGAUGUAUUGCUGGAAAUUUGGGUAUCCAUUUUGGAAGGGAAGGUCGAAAACGAGCUUGAUGGUGCUUAAAUAAAAAUUCAAGCAUUUGAUAAGUAA